CUUGUCUUUCGACUGUCAUCCGUGCAAAUGCCUCGAAAAAAUUGGGGCUCGCAUGAAUACACCAUAAACCAGCAAUUAACCGAGCUUCCUGUUCCAAAACGCGUUCUACCUACUCUAAACUGCUGCUAAAAGGGCGGGUAUGCGUGGAGGGCACAUUCUGCGACACGCUCUCGUUGUUUCGUCUCAGAAAUUGCUUUAAACGCUCCCUCACUCAUCCAUCGUCACUUUCGCAUAGCUCAUUCGGUCACAUAUGUUCUAAAGACGUCUUCAAGGCAAGUCCCUGAAUUUACGCCUCACGUGACGUGGGAUUACAGUUUGUUGAAUGCACGGACGCGCCUCGGAGUCUGAACAUCCUCUCUUCAACCUGCACCACCACCAUCCCCUGCCCCCCUUCCCGUUCUUGCCUAUUCCCUCAUCCGGCAGAGAAACCUGCUGCUGCCCGUCAAGUUAACAUCCACAGCGCGCUACUGCGUAACCGUCUGCGACGAUGUCUACACCUAAGAAGUCCUCCACUGCCAAAUCGGCUGCUAGCAAGAAGGCUGCGGCUCGUGCAGCCCCUGCGCACCCUCCUUGGGUCGAUAUGAUCAAGGAAUGUAUCAUCGAUAGCAAGGAGGAUGCCCGCCACGGUGUUUCUCGUCCUCAGAUCAAGAAAUACGUUGAGGAGAAGUACCACAUUGAGAUCGGCAAUGCCCAGAUCACUCAGCUCAGCAAAGCCAUUACUACUGGUGCCGACAAGGGGUUUUUCGUCCUUCCCAAGGGACCUUCUGGACGCGUGAAACUGCCUCCUAAGAACAAAUCUACGGACACGUCUGUUGCUAAGGAGAACAAGCCUGCUAUUAAGCCAGCUAAGGCACCCGCUACUAAAGCCAAGGCAGCGGUUCUCGCGAAGACCGCGAAAGCUACAGCGAAGAAGCCUAUGGCCGUUAAGAAAUCGCCGGUAGCGGCAAAGGCCCCUGCCGCCAAGAAGGCUGCACCAGCAUCCAAGUCUGCGGCUGCCAAGUCGUCCGCUGCCGCAAGGUCGUCCACUACAGCGAGGUCGUCUGCUACGACCAAGGCAAAGGCCACCGCUGCGAAGAAGUCUGAAGUCAAGAAGGCUCCAGCCAAGAAAGCAGCUCCUGCGAAGAAGACGACUUCAACGAGCAGGCGUGACAGCGUGAAGAAGGCUGUUACGGGGAAGGCUGCUGCGUCCAAGGCUAAGCCUGCCACUGCGAGGUCCACCAAGGCGUCCCCGGCUAAAGCUGCUCCCAGCUCGCGAAGCGCCCGUGCUGCCAAGAGGGCUUAAACUCCAUGCACACACGACUCUGGUCAUGACGAUUAUCUCUUUGUAACCAUUCACAUCUUCUAACUGUGCCUCCAUCUUUUUUUGUCUCGCCGUGUGUGGCUCCUCUUAUCUUACUCUGCCCGAUCGUCUCGACUGUGUCUUCCUAGUCUCGUAUCGUCUUGCAACGUGUGUAUGAUGAUGUGCACGACGCGCAUGCUGCACGCUUGUCUAUUCAUUAGCCGGGCGGGUGGUAUGGCGGCGGCCCAGGUUGAGAGCGCUCGAUUUGAAUCUGACUAGUGUCCAUCUUAGCGACGUAUAUAUUCUUGUUGUAAACUAGGAACAGGAACCGGCAAGAAUUCUUUGUACAUACAGACACUGUCUGCUGUGCAUGAGACGGAUGUUUCGGGGGUAUGAAGGUGCGUAAUGAGACCAUCGCGUCGUGCAUUGGUCGGUGCUGUCAUGCAUAAGAACACCGAUGAACGCACGACAGCACAAUAUA